GCUACCAAUCAGCCGCCAUAUUGUGAAACGUCGUCGCCGGAAAAAAGAAACGCAUCGGACAGUGGCAGUGCCGUGAAGAAAGAGAUCAUUUUCAGCGAAUCAUUGCGCGUUUGCAAAAAGACACUGCCCCAAUCACUAUUUCUGGACGCUUAAAGAUCCCCGCUUGUUUGAAGCCCGAUCGGGAAGAGAACGGGGUGAAAGUGAAUACCUAGCUGGUGCCUCUUGUGUGCGUACGUGAAAAGUGUUUUCUCUGCCGCCCUCACUUUCGUGGUUCCAAUUCUAGUUCCCCGUGUCCAAUUUCUCUCGUGUGUCUAGUGUGCGGAGUUUGGGAAAAAACCGGGGGAAAGUGUAGAAGUGCAGCGGCAGACUUUGCAGUUGUGUUGGCAGUGCAUCGGAAAUUCGCCCGCACCCCCCUUGUACCGUGUAAGGAGACGGUCUGUGAGGCUUUUACUGGAUAGGCGAAAGGUGCAGAGGGAGUUUAAAGUAUCCCGUCCGUUUCCGGUUUAGUUGGUUCUUUACAAAAUUUUCUGUUCUAGUGACCAUUCCCUGCUAGUGCGAGGGUGUCGGAAAAUUCGCAUUAAAAUUUAAGAGCCAUCCUUUCAACUGUAGGUGAAAAAGUGUGUUAGCGGAACCUUAAAGCUGUGUGGUCCGGUCUCCGAACCGACGGAACAUUUCCUUCCCUCCUGCUUUGGGAGUAAGUUUUGCCCCCACACACGCUUUGUCAACGCCUUGCCUUACCUAUCUAUAGCCUGGUAUAGCGAAAAAAGCUAUCUUCUGCGCCUGCAAGCAUUUCCUUGCCGUGGGAUAAACCCAUACCGGUUCGGGAAGAGUGCGCGUCGUGAGGGAGCAGACGCGAAGCAGCGAAAGAGUGCGGCUUGACGCGCCUAGUGUUGUGUGCCUAGUGUACACGCGUGUGUGAGAGCGUGCGGGCGUGUGUGUGCGUGCGUUUUGCGGAGGAGGACUAGCAAGCGGACCAAGUGCGCGCAGUGCAUUUGCAACAACUGCUUUGUCGUCGGUAUACAGCUUAUUGGAACUUUCAGCAACAGCAGCGCAGCAGUAACAACAACCACCAAUGUCAACCGUGUCAGAUCAGCGGAUGAAAGGACAAGGAAAUCAUGGAAAUGGCGAUUAUAAUUCUUGGAGUGCGCAAGUGAAUCACGGCCCAGGUGGUGUAGGACAUCAGAAAAAAUCGGAUGAUGGCUACUACCGUAAUCAUGGAGCUUACCAGAGUCAUGAUAGUGUCAGGAAUGUCGAAAGAGGUAUGCAAGGACUUGGGCUUGGAUCCGCGUCGCGCAGCGGUAACAGCGAUGGCAACUCUGGCGUAUCGAAAUACUAUCAGCAACAGCAGCAGCAAAAGGAAGCUCCCAAAAAGAUGACCUGGGCCACGAUCGCUUCGCAGCCGGCGAAACCGCAAGUGAACACCACCAGUACGACGGUGAAGAAGAAGGGUCCGGGCAUGCCGCCACCACCGAUGAUUCCUGGCAAGCAUAACAUGGACAUCGGUACCUGGGAUUCGCCGUCCAAGAACGGACCUAGCGUCAUCGUACCCACUCCGCCGCCGAUUAUUCCACCGCCGGUUAUCGAACCGUCACCGCUGGCCGAUCCCGUGCCGUCCAAGUCGGGCGGGGGUCGCGAAUCUGUUGGUGGUGCUUCAUCGCAACACCAUGGUAGCAACAGUCAGGGUAUGGGACCAGCGGGCAUUCAAAGCUCCAGAUGGCCCACACCGGGCCAGGCGCAGAUUCAGCAGCAACAGCCGAGCGGUCCGCCGACGAGCAGCGACAGGAACAAUGGUCCCUCCGCAGGAGCCAACUCCGGUUCGGGAGGCAGCGGAAGCAAUGCUGCAUCUGGCGGUUCCAUGCCGUCCGGAUCACAGCAUCACAACCAGCACCACCAGCAUCAGCAGGGUUCGCAUACGCGCAACCACUCGUCGCCGUAUCAGCCGCCGCAACAGCAGCAGCCUCACCAUGCGGAUCGGCCAGGAUCGAAUUACGAUCGAGCACCGCAUCAUCAGCAUCAGCAGGGCGGUUCGCAGCACGGAAACAGCUACAACCAGUCUCGCAACCAGAACGCUGCCUACUCUCCGUCAGGACCUGGCGGUUUGGCUGCAACUGGACCAUCAUCUGCGAUGGCAGAUCGUCAGAAUAGCGGCGGUUCGGGUGGCGACAACUACCGCCCGCCACACGAUGGCCGAAGUGGCCCACAGCAGCAUAAUAGCAUGCACCACCAUCAACAGACGGAAAGGGCUUCAUUCCAUCAUCAGCAGCGUCCAUCGAAUCAUCACGGCGAUCGUGGAUCGGGCGGUAGCAGCUACCAGCCUGCUGAUCGUGGCCAUUAUGGACCGAACAGUAGUUCUGACGCUGUGUCGCAUAACAGCAGCUCGACCGUGCCGCCAGUUACGACCGCCCCAGCAGCAGUAAAGGCACGAUCGCCAUCACCUACCAUUUCAGAGAGUGAAAUGGCUCUGAAACUCGCCGAAUCACAAAAAAUUCUUGACCAAUUGAAAACCAAAAACAAUUAUAACCCUGCCUCGUUGGAUCUACUGAAAACAGUCGAUUUAGCAAGAUUCUUCGUGAUCAAAUCGUAUUCGGAAGACGAUAUUCAUCGUAGUAUUAAGUACGAGAUAUGGUGCUCGACCGAGCAUGGCAACCAGCGCCUGGACCAAGCAUUCCGAGAGCGUGAGGAAAAGGGCGGCACGGUGUAUCUGUUCUUCUCCGUGAACGGUUCGGGCCAUUUCUGCGGCGUGGCGCAAAUGAUGACCGCUGUCGAUUACAACUCCAACUCGAGUGUCUGGUCGCAGGAUAAAUGGAAGGGUACGUUCAAGGUGCGUUGGAUCUACGUGAAGGACGUACCGAACUCGCACCUGCGCCACAUUCGGCUGGAGAACAACGAAAACAAAUCGAUGACAAACUCGCGCGACACACAGGAAGUGCCAAAUGCGAAGGGCAUUCAGGUGCUGCAGAUCAUUCACAGUUUCGAGCACCAGUCGUCGAUAUUCGAUGAUUUUCAGCACUACGAAAAACGCCAGAUGGAGGAGGACACGCGUAAGCACGAAGCACCUCCGCCAUCGAACCAUUCGUACCACAACCAGCGAGACCGGCGCGAGAAUCAGGGCGGUGGAAACUACUAUGACGGCCCUGGCAAGUAUCACGGUGGGGGUGGUGGCGGCGGCGGCUAUAACAACAAAUACAAUGACCGUGGUGGAGAUGACGGCUAUGAUGGUGGAUACGGCAGUCGAGGUGGUGGUGGUGGCUAUCAUGGAGGAUACAACAAAGGCGGAAGCAGCGGUGGUUACGGAGGUUAUAACAAUCGUAACAGCUACAACAAUCGUGACGAUCCGGGACGUGGUUAUCCGAGCUUUGACCGGCGUAAUAAUAAUGGCAACAGUGGCGGAAGCAACAACAAUGGCGAUGAUCAACAUGAUGCUGCCGCACCAGGCGGAGGUGGAUAUAAUUCGCGCGGUGGUUAUAACAAUCGCUCACGAGAUUAUUAUCGCGAUGAGCGCCGAGGACCGAAUGACUACGGUCGAGCUCGAGGCAGCGACUUCGAUAACGGGCGAGACAGUGAUGGUGGAGGUAUCUACCGAAGCGGAGACCGUGGAGACCGUGGAGACCGCGGCGAUCGCGGAGAUCGUGGUGAACGUGGUGAUCGCGGAGAUCGCGGAGAUCGUGGAGAUCGUGGAGAUCGCGGCGAUCGCGGUGAUCGCGGUGAUCGUGACCGAGGCUCUUCUCGAGACCACUUCCGGGAUCGGAACGAUCGGAUGAUGGGUCCUGGCAACAAUCGUGGAGGAUCUGGUAGUAACGGCAGCGGCUCUAACAUCUUCAGAAAUCCAAAUUAGGCAACUGACGAAUAACUGAUUAAACUAUCCGAAUACACGAAGGACUUAUCACUACUGCCAUGGUGGUAGGAGAAAAACUCAACUGCAGACUGAAGAUGCGGAACGCAUCCUUCAGACAGACCGAUGGUUCCUUUUCUUAUUAAUCUGAUGGUUCAUGAAUGGAGGAUAUCGGUACAGAUACAGAUGAUAACCCAUAUUAAAACGAAGGUAAAUGUGAGUAUGAGGGGUAACAGAAGCUAACAGGUAACAGAAACACAACCGCGACUUGGCUAUGCUCGGAAUAUUUAUCCAAAAGUGCUUAAGAGAUGCCAACGUAUUUCGUUGAUGUACUAGAAUGAUACGACUUUGAGGCAGAUGUAACAAUAGCGUAGAAAAAUAACAAGGAUAGCAGGAGAUACAAUUGGAUAAUCUGCAUGGCAUUAUCUCUUGUGCAUCUUAAAUUACGCUAGCCAUGUACUACUCAAAAUCCCGCGCCCUCAAAUCCACAAGACUGUCUACUCUUCAUUCUCCCUUACCCCACAUAAAAAACUAGGUACAUUGCAGUCUAAACAAGAUAAAAGUACAGUACUAUAGUGCAAAGGAAAGUAAAUUGUUAUCAAUGUUGUCUUAAACCGCCUGAUUAAGUAUCCACAAACAAACAGCACUUGAAGAAAACGUGUACAGACGAAGGGAGCGGAUGUAGUUCAAAAAGUUCUUACAAACAAUAUGUUUUAUCGAUGAAGUAUGUUUUUAAACUGUAGGAAAUUGUAACGUAUAACAAAGUAAACUCAAUUAAACGGAAAGAGAACACAUAAACAAAACAGAAGAAAAGAAAGAAAACAAACAAGAUACGAAAUAUAACAACGUUACAAGCAAACCCGUAUGAAUACAUACCGUAAGAAGAGAACAAGUAAAACACUGCUCUGUCAACGUAUAUUCUUUAAAUACUGUUAAGUUGUAACUUAAAUUAUAUAAGCUAAGCUGUGUGUUUGUGUGUCUCAGUCAAAGAAACAAGCAACGCUGGGAAGCAAUGAAACACCCAGCAUAAUAAUGAGAAUUAGGAAUGAUGACAAGAGCUGUGGCAAGGCACAAACAAGAAAAGGUCGAGGAAACGCGUCACACACAUAGCAUUGCCACGAUGAUGCAAAAGGACUGAAACUACUGAGGACAUUGUGACAACCUCCCCCUCCCGAUGCUCUAACAGAUAUGAUGAAGUAUGAUUUUAAAUGGGGUGAGCAAGCAGUGCCGCGUAGCCAAGCUCAACAACACGUAGUCGUGUUACGGGCAUUCAACAUUCAAGUAUAUUUUGUUGACGAACGAUGGCAAAAAUGUGUCCUGUGCGUGUAUUUUGAACUCUCAUUGCUAGAAGAAAAAUGUCAGUAUACACACAAGUAACACAUGCGUGAUUAUCCCUGAACCACAAGUCUUAUAGUAAACCAGUAUAUGCCACUGAUGCCGUAUACUACAAAUCUACAUAUUUCAUCACCGUGUAGAACACGACGGUGGUAUGCACUAUUUAUGGUUUCGAUUGUGCUUUACGGUAGAAAAGGUAUCACUCGGUACCAUUUUUUGAUUUGGGAGUACUUCUUAGAUACCGUAAUAACAGAAGGGGGAGCAUUGGGAAUAGCUGCAUGAGUUUUGCACCGUUUGGCGGUAGUAUAAUAAGAAUCCCACUGAUCCAAGAAGCGCUUCUAUGUGGAAGGUAGAUAACUAAAUUAUACGACGAACCGAACAAAAACAAAUUUUGGGAUUACAUUUGGUGCAGCAAGAAACUGUAAUUAUAUUCCAACAGUACUUUUUUUUACUUAAGUUAAACAAAAAAUAAAGCGACAAAAAAGGAAAGAUGUAUUAAGGAUAUACCUGAGCGAGCACAGGUUCCAUUCAUUGCUGCACACCACACCGUCUCAGUGGUUAACGUGUUCGGACGGUUGUUAAUCAUCAUGAGUCUUGUGCUUAGGAGGCAAUACAAAUAAUAAAUCAUCCCAAAUGCCACGAAUAUUACAAAACAACAAACACUUUUACACAUCCACACAUACACCAAUCUCUAACUGUAACAGUCUCUUAUCCUCCCGCCACUAAAUCGAAACAUUUUGAACUGAAGCAAAAAGAAUUAUAUAAGUGUAACGAAACGAUAAGGGAAAUGAAAAAAAAACUUUCUAGAUUAAUACGGACACAUACACACGUACGUGUUUUCUUUUUCUGUGUAUUUGUGCGUUUUCGUCUAUUUGUAUCGUGGCGUGAACUUCAUCUUUAAAAACAAAUGGUAAAACUUGGUACGAAAGUAGUACGCGCUCUCGAUCGAAAACAAGGAAAAAGACACACCACGAUACACGGCACGACUACUAUAGUCCUUUAGGAUUGCAAAAGGAAAAGAAUGUGUAUGGGUGCAUGAUUGCAAGUGUGUACAUGUACAUGUGUGUCGUGUGCAUAGUGAGUUCGCAGUAUACCGUAGAAGUUAUCCGAUUGGGAUUUUGUAGGAUUGAACACAAUGUAACCGUGGGGAAGGACAUACAAUUUGUAGUUGCGUACACAACACAAACAGCAUCGUAAGAACUAGCAUAAUGGUUCCUUCGUUUGUAAGACUAUACGACUAGCGGAACGCAUUAUCUAGGACAGGUGAAGAGAUAAACAAAUCAAACGUAGCCACACAUAACAUGAUAGUAACAAAGUAGUUAAAGAGAUACUUGUAUAAGAAAAUGAACUUUUUUUUAUUAACUUGUUUCUUUUCACUCCAUGUAUAACCAACCAGGCUUGAAUAUUAUAAUAAUUAUUUAUGUUAUUUCAAUUUCGAAAUCACGAUCCAGGAAAAACAAAUUCCUUACAUUGGAGGAGCUGUACGUUAGACAGAUCCCGAUAAUAAAAUUCACACCCCUAAACGAGCACAAGUGUGUUGAAUAAAAAAUAAAUAAUUUAAAAUGAUAAAGCAUAUUAAAAUGACGCUAAUAAAACAAACAAACGAACACAAUUUGACACUGUCCCAUUUGUAUCGGUUGCCCAAGGCUGCUAGGAAUGAAAACACGAUACAUGAUACUGAUGUAGCAAGUCCUUGUUGGUGAACUUUAUGCAAUACGUGCACUCGCCGCAAGUAGGAGAAUACAAACACACUACCAUCGGUGCGUAAUUUGCUGCACAAGCUACACGUUAACAUGAAACGAACUGUCGCGGCAGACUACAAUUGAGAAUUGUUCCGGUAGUUUAUGGAAGUUGAUGAUUAUCGCAAAGUACGAAGUAUUGGGGAAACGAAAAUUGAAGAUGUAUGAUGCUUCCUUAAGCAGGGCAUUGGCGUGUAAAUUGAUGAGGAGAGAUGUUGAUGGGAGUGGGAGAGCACAAGAUACACAUAUAGCUGGGGAUGCUAGGCAAGCUUGAAAACAAAUUGAAAAGAAAGCACAUGGAAAGGGCAAACAAGAGAACGAGAAAUAACCAAAAGUUAAUUAUCUUGCAGUAUCAUGUGCUGACGUAAUCCCAUUUGUUCUAUGGCAUAUAAUUACAGAGCAAAUUGAAAUGUCAGAAAAGUGGGAUAAGGUGAAAAGAUAAUAUACUGAAAAUAAAAAAAAGAACCACACUAAACUAUCCCUACUUAGUAGGGGGAAAAA